UUUGGUUUAUAUUUAUUAUUUAAAAAAAAAAGAAAAGAAAAGAAAAGAAAAGAAAAGAAAAAGAAAGAUAAAGCCAAAAAGUUGAUUAGAAAAAUAAAAAAUGAAAAUGGGAAAAGAAAAAGAGGAGGAGGUGUCCGUGAUGUAGACUAGGCAUUCUCUACCACGCGCCUGGUGUCAUUAUCAUUACCCAAACUCUCUCUUUCUCUCUCUAACUUUCUCUCUCUUCUUUGUCCCCCUUUAUAUAUCCCUCUUCUCCGCUCUCCCGCCGCACCACCACUUCUCCCCCCACCGUUCUUUCCCUCCCCCACCCCAUGGAUAAUCAUUCUCCUAACAAGCGCUUCCGAGUCGACUCUCUCGACUCCGAAUCCGACUCUCCCGAAGUCAAACGUCUACGAGACGACCUCCUCGGCCUUCUCGAUGACUCCGACCCCGAUCCCACAGUCCAAGAUCUCGAUUCCGUUAUCCAGAGUUUCGCAGACGAGAUCUCCCCCGUCUCCUCUCCGCCGCCCCCUCCGGCCGCCCCCUCGGAGCUCGGCUACCUACUCCUGGCCUCCGAUGACGAACUCGGUCUUCCACCCUCCGACGCCUCCACGAGCCACGGCGGCGAAACGGAGGUGGUUGAAGUGGCGCGAGGGUCGUCGGAGUCGUCUGGGAUUGGAGAGAUUUGGGGAUUUGAAGAUGCGGUUCCGAGUUAUGAGACGCUGGAGUUGGUGGGAGGUGGAGAGAGAUUUUAUAACGAAAUGGAAUAUGUGGCGUUUGAUGGACUGUUUGAACAUUCCGAUGUGUACUCUGUUUUUUCGUGACGGCGAUGGAAGGUCCGCCAUAGGCGAAGUAGGACGAAAGAUGAAGAGAGAGAUAAAAGAAAAAUUACCUUUUUUUUAAUCUCUGAAAUGAAUAUAAAAUUACAACCCCAUUUGUAAAUUUUUUUUUUCUCAUUAGUUCCAUCACAGGAAAAAGAAAAAAAGUAGGAGUAGUUGAUUUUAAAAA